AUGGCGGCGCCACGCCCGGAAUCCGGCCCGCCGCCCGGGGACGUCGCCGGGAGCCGCGGGGAGUCCGGGGCGAGCUCCUGGGAGUCGGCGCUGACCUCCGUCCGGCACUCGCUGAGGUUCGUGUCGCCGCUGAGGGAGGAGUUUGUCUGUCCCGUCUGCGGGGGAGUGGUGCUCGACCCCCAGCAGAACUCCUGCGGGCACAUCUACUGCUUCCUCUGCCUGCGGGGGCUGCGGGAGGGUCCAUCGGCGUCCAGCCCGGUUUGUCCCGUGGACGGAGCUGCGAUCACACCUGCCGGGGUUUUCCAGGACAACUGCUGCAAACGGGAGAUCUCCGGUUUGGAGGUGUACUGCGUCAACUUCCCAGCAUGCACCUCCGUGGUCACGUUACGCCACCUGCAGGAGCACCUGGCCGACGCCUGUCCUCAGCGCAUGGUGGAGCCCCGCCCACACUGCCAGCCCCCGCAGAGACUCACCCUCGACCAGGAUCGUGUGCAGAGCUCCUGUUUGGAGGUGGACUGUCCAGUCAGCUGCUCCCAGACGGCUCCCAGACACAAGCUGAUAGAACUCAGAGAGUCGUGUCCAGAGCAGGUCGACUGUCCUUACGAGAAGUUUGGCUGCUCUGUGCAGGAUACGAGAGGGAGAGUGAAGCUGCACGAGGACGCCGCGCUCCAUCGUCACAUGCUGCUGGUCCUUAGGAGCAACACACACCUGGAGCAACAGGUGGAGGUUCUCCGGGAGGAGGAGGCGCUGAUGCAGCAGGAGGUCCAGACGGACGGUCUGCUGCUCGCCGGCCUGCAGAAGACCAUCAGGCCGCUGCUGCAACAGAACCAGGACCAGGAGCUCACGGUCUCUGCGGCCCAGAGGACGCUGGGCCGGCAGGAGGACGUCCUGUCCGCCGUCCGGCUGGACGUGAAGCAGGUGUCUCGGGGACUCGGCGCCGGUCUGGAGGGACUGGAGGAGCUCAGGAAGUCGCUGGACGCCGCGAUCCAGGAGGUGUCUGCAGCCGAGGCCCUCAGGCGACACCUGGGAACUCUGGAAGAGGAUCUGAAGCAGCACUCGGGUCUCCUGCACCUCCACGCCGCCAGGCUCAGCGCAAACAGGCGGCACCUGCGGGAACUCGGAGCCGCGUCCUUCGGCGGCCGGCUGGUCUGGAAGAUCGACGACUUCGGGAGCAGGAGGGAGGCCGAGGUCAGAGGUCAGCCGCCCUGCCUGAGCAGCGUCCCGUUCCAUGCCGGGACCUGCGGCUACAAUCUGGCCGCCAGGGUCUACCUGAACGGGGACGGCGAGGGAAGAGGGACCCACGUGUCCCUCUACGUGGUCCUGCUGCCGGGGGACUUCGACGCCCUGCUGCCGUGGCCCUUCAGGCAGACCGUGACGCUGUCCCUCCUGGAUCAAAGCGGCGCCGCCAACCACCGGAGCCUCAGCUUCAGACCCGACCCGACGUCCAAGAGCUUCGGGCGGCCCGCCGCCGGGUCCGCCGGCAACGUGGCCGUCGGCUUCCCCUGCUUCGUUCCCCUCGGCGAGCUGGAGCCUCGUCACAGCGCCGAGUACGUGAAGGACGACGCGCUGUUUGUCAAGGUGAAGGUGGACAUGGCCGGGCUGGACCCAUAGGCCUUUUUAGGAUUCACUCCUUUAUUGUUACUAGUAAGUUAAUAUAUGGUCAGCGUUGUCUUUCUUUCUGACCGACGUUUGGAUUUAUCUUUUUUUUUUUUAGCUUUCGUAGCAUCUCAGGGAUUCUUUGAAGGUCCGACUGCGAUCACUCAGAAUUAUUUAAUGCCCCUUAUCUUGAGAUCGAGACUCAACUAUCGGACACUUGGAGCUUAAAUCAAGUUAUUUGUAUAAUCUUUCCUCCUGAACUCACGAGAACAUGGAGAAAAUGUCAGAAAUCAAGAACUUGAUUUUGCUUCAUCGCGACUCUAAAAUAAACCACCUGCUUCUUUUUGAGUGUGAAUGAAAUGGGAUUCAUGGCGCCUUCCAGUCUGUUAGUUGCUGACAUCACUGGUUGUGAUUUAUUGUCUUGUAUGAUGCGUUUGUGUAAACGUUGGCAGGGCUAAAAGACAACAACGUCGGCCAGAUUGUGUGAUGUGUACCGGACAAAGAAUUAGAGAUAAUAGAAAUAAUACUUUCAACAUGUUUUUAUUUAAUCAGCAGUUGGUUAAAGUGCUUCUUAAACCCUGUUUUAACGUUGGUGAUGAUGGAGGGAAUAAAUCAAAUGUGAAGAGGAUCAUAAUGUUCUAUUUCAAGUAAAAGGUGUCAAAACAUUCAUUGAUUCUACUAAGUCACAGUCACAGUUUAAGUGUUUUAAAACGCCCUCCUCCCAGAGCAGACCAGUGUUAUUAGCAGUACAAGCAUUUUGUGUAACAGUGUGAUGUGUCCAACGUGCUGAAGAGCAGGUGUCUGUCAGUCUGUGAUGCUCCAGACAACUCGUACAAGUCCUUUCCCUUAGACUCCAGCAUUUGGCCGAUAUUGUAUCUCAUCAUCUUGGCCCUUUGAUCUCUUUGGUCUAACUGUUGGAUUUAACGAGAAUUAAUGAUCCAAAUGUCUCUAUGAAUGAAUAUAAAAUGA